GCACUUGGCCACUAGGCCCCUGCUGCACUCAGGUUUUCCCCACGAAGCAUCGCAGUGGGCAGACGGUGCUGGCAAGCUGAGAUCUGCCAUUUUAAAUGGACUUGUAGACAAGCAGUGGAGCUGUGCCCAGGUCCUGCAGACCACAAGAGGUGGUGCCAUGCUGAGCUGCAUUUGGGAAACCCUAAACUAUCAACUGCCUCCACUAACGGCAAGGAUGGUAGGUAUAAUUGCACCGUGCUAAACUGGGGGCCUCAUCGCCUGCCAGUCCUCCCACAGCCCCCAUGGAAGUAGGAAUAACAAUAAUAAAAUCCAUUACAUUUCCAACCAGAUAGGGUAGUUUAUUUCUGAUGGGUUUUGUCACAUGGGAAGGCUCUCAGUGGUGUGAGUGGGUUGUGAAUUGGGUUUCUGUGUGUGUGUGCGCGCCAUGGCCCUGACUACCUCCACCAGCUGCCACCCCAGGCAGUUGGCUAUGGGGCAAGUGGUAGAAACGUGUGGAAAUUGUCGAUUUUUGUAUUGUUUUUUUUUUUCCAUUCUCCAGAUACAGUGUGCGGAUACACGGGAUAGGUCUGGGACCAGCGGGGUCCGGGUGUCACAGGGAUGGGGACUAGGAUUGGGAUGGGGCCAUGCUGUCACACCCCCCAUCCCUCAAUCAGUGUGUGUGCUCACUGCGCGCUGCGCGUGCCCUCGCCCCCUCAGCCUCCACGAGGCCGCGCCCCCCCUCCCCCCAUCACUGGGUGUGUCGCGCGGGCUCGCGGCGCGCUGCCAUUGGCGGCGGCCGCCUUUCUGUGUAUGUGCGCGCGCGCACGUAGGGAGCGUGGUCCGGCUGCCGCCGCCGCUGCCGCCGGAGAGGUGCCGGCGGGAAGCUGGAGUCCCUGGCGCGACAUGGUCCUGGUGCACGUCGGUUACCUGGUGCUGCCCGUCUUCGGCUCCGUGCGCAACAGAGGUACUCCUUUUCAAAGGUCUCAGCAUCCCCAUGCUACCUCCUGCCAGCACUUCCACCUGGGGCCCCAGCCUCAGCUCUCGGCCGACGUCUCCCUGCCUUAUGCAGUGCAGCCCCAGCCAGGGCUGACCCCCCACAUGGCCCCCACGCACCAGCACAGUGGCCCCCUGCACCAGUCCCUGGCACCAGUGCCAGCCCUGCCCUUCCAAGAUGUGGCUGGACCCUCCUUCCUACCUCAGGCGCUACACCAGCAAUACCUCCUCCAGCAGCAGCUCCUCGAGGCCCAGCAUCGCCGUCUCAUGCCCCAUCCCAGGCGGGCUCAGGAGCGCUUGUCUGUUCAGCCCCACCGUCUGCACCUCAGCUUUGACUUCAGCCACCAAUUGCAAACUCCACAGCCCAUGGGGUCCCAGCCCAGGUAUUUAGCCGAAGGCACGGACUGGGACCUCAGUGUCGAUGCAGGACUGACUCACGCCCAGUUCCAGGUUCGGCCAGUCCCUCAGCCCUAUCAGCAUUACUUGGCUACACCUCGGAUGCAACAUUUCCCCAGAAGCACAUCCUUAACACAGAUGGUUGUUCAUGAAAUCAGAAAUUACCCUUAUCCUCAGCUCCAGUUACUUGCUCUUCAGGGACUGAACCCAAGCAGGCACAUGUUGGCUGUGCAGGAGAGCUAUGAAGAGCUGCUGCAGCUGGAGGACAGGCUGGGCAGCGUAAGCCGGGGUGCCAUGCAGAACACCAUUGAGAGGUUCACCUUCCCCCACAAGUACAAGAAGAGAAGACCACAGGAGGGCAAAGCUGAACAAGAAGAUGGAGAGAAGUUGGACACUGAUGAGAAAUGCACAAUCUGUCUGUCCAUGCUUGAAGAUGGAGAAGACGUCAGGAGGCUACCCUGCAUGCAUCUCUUCCACCAAGUGUGCGUGGACCGGUGGCUGGCCACCAGCAAGAAGUGCCCCAUCUGCAGGGUGGACAUUGAAACACAGCUCGGCUUGGACAGCUGAAAGGACUGGCUGGACACACCAUUUUCCUUAUCAGGUCAUAUGGCCAUAAACCCUUGCAGCAAAAUUUUUGCCUUCUGAGCCAUUUGAUUGAGAGGAAAAGUCUGCAGGCAUGUUAGCGAGGAGGAGGAGGUGGCAGUACAAUAUCUAGUGGUAGGAGAUAUUGCACAUACACAGGAUAUGGCCACGGUGAAAGGGAGCUGGCAUUCCCAGAGCUCAGAGACCCCAUGCUGCAGAAGAUUUAGUGUUGAACAUGAAGGAACUAGUUGUGGUAGUCUGGCCUGUCAAUCCUGCAUUUCAUGAGGAUUGUAUAUAUACCUCUCGAAUACGUACAUGUUAUAGGGGUCCUUUAGCUAUUUCUAUGGAUGGCAGCUGGAGCAUUUUAGCUUAAGAAAUGUUGUGUUUGAUGCCCUACUCAUCUUGUGGUGGACAUGUUGCUGUUACCUAAUUUACAACAAAUAUUUUUUUCAUAGAUUCCUUAUUUUGGUGCCUGAUUAAUAUAUUGCAGAGGGGAAAUGAGAAGGUCAAGUUUUCCCACCCUUGGGGGGAAGAGGCGAAAAAGCAAAAUCCUGUUUACAGUCAGAAGGGUUGCGCUCUUUGCCUCAGGCAUGUGUGCUUCCUUUCCUUGCAUUUACAGUGUUGCAAAUUUAGAGACGCUUGCAAAAUAAAAGAAAAUUGGGAAUGAAAUGAAUGAAGCAACAAGAAGAGGCUUCCCUAUAAGCUUCCUGCUUUUCUGCUGGUGCUGGAUGCUUUCUGGAGGGGCACAAUAUUGAGGUGGAUGCUGUUUCUUUGCUUUCCGUAUCUUAACAAAGUAGCUUGUGUCAUGGUUCCACCCGAGUGGGCAGCCGAGCUCCACCACAGCCGCUCUCUCACUCCCCCUCCUCAAAGAGGAACGGGGAGAAAAUACGAUGAAAAGGGCUCAAAGGUUGAGACAAGGAUGAGAAAAUCACGCUGUAAU